GUAUAGUACUUAUUGUAGAGCUCGCCGUAGAAAACGUAUUCUUGUGUUCAAGUAUAGCAUGUCAACACGAUGAUGACAGAAAUUAAGGAGAAUCACUUCAGUGAAUGCAUAGAAAACGACCUUAGAAAGGAAAUUUUAUUUGAUGGAUACUUUUACGAUGUAACCGAAUUUGUUCAGAAGCAUCCUGGUGGAAGCGUUAUUGAGUAUUACACGGAAAAGGGUGAAGAUGCUACUCAUGCCAUUCAGCAGUUUCAUAAACGAUCUAAGGAAAAGGUCAGACUAAUGAUGAACAGUUUGAAGAGGCGACAACCAGCUCCGAACGAAAUUGCCUUGGAUGCGGAGACUGUGAAAAAGAAUCGUGGCCUCACUGAAGAUUUUACUAAACUGUACAUAGAAUUGGAGUCCAAAGGAUACUUCGAACCAUCUUAUUUACAGGCGUUUAUACGUCUAGCAGAAGUGUUUGUGUGGUUCGGAAUAGGAUUUUAUCUGGUUUGCGUUAGUCAAACGACUGCGUUCAAAUUGAUUGGAGUCGCUCUGAUUACGUUAUCGAGAGCACGAGCUUCAUUUUUUGUACACGAACUAGGUCAUUACUCAUACAGUGGGAGCCCAAAAAUAGACCGAAUUGUCGAUGUUACCGUCCAUGGUCUGAUCAUAGGACUUUCGGCAGCACGUUGGAGGCGACAGCAUAACAGACACCAUGCCAUGCCUCAGAGGCUACAUCAUGACGUUGAUCUUGAUACUAUGCCAUUACUUGCUUACAAUGCAAAAGUUGCGAAGAAUUCGAAACAAGGAAAGGGAUUUUUGAUUAAGCACCAGGCUUCCUUGUUCGUCUUUGACACACUGUUGGUAAUUUUAGUAUGGACGCUGUACCAAGAUCCAAAAUUCAUUUUUAGACGCAAAAUAUACCUAGAAAUGGCUGCACUAGCAGGACAUUGUGCAAUUUUUUAUCAAAUCGGCUUUUGGCCAUGGCUAUUUUCAACCUGGGGCGCGGCAUUGAUUUUGUUUACUACUUUUGCAAUGAACCAUACAUUUUUGCCGGUAACUACCGAGCCAACGCACUGGGUUGAAUAUUCGCUUCUUCAUACCGCAGAUGUGGUACACACUCCAUGGGCCGACUGGACAACUGGAUAUCUGAACUAUCAAAUCGAACAUCACUUAUUCCCAACAAUGCCAAACUUUCGACUGCCGUUUAUUCAGGACAGAGUGAAAGCUUUAGCUGAAAAGCACAAUUUGCCAUACAUUAUACACUCUUAUCCGGGUGCUCUUUCGAAAGUAUUCGAAAAUAUGUCCAGUGUAUCGAAAGAACUAAGUAAUUCGUAAAGCGUUGAGUUGAUUUAAAUAUAAGUUUUGUUUUUGCAAAAUA